UAAUAUAACUUGAAAUAUUUGUGUGUUAGUGAUAAUUUGUGUGUAUGCAGUAUAUUGUGCAUAGAGUCGAAAUAUAUGUAAAUCGUUUCCAGAGAUGUUCGUGAAACCAACUUGAACAGUUCGAAUUGUAGAUAUACUUACUACUACCGUGUAUUUACGUAUAUAAUAUUGUGUUGUGUUUUCUUAUGAGUUUAUCAUAUUUUAAGAUUUUAUUUAUCAAUUUCUUACUUAUUGAAACUAAAUUAAGCCUUUGUAAUAUGCAAAAAGGUGUUCAUAUGAGCUGCUUAAGGAGGAGUAAAAAUUUAGUUAACUCAAACGAUAAAGGUACAUUUCAUGCACUGAAUACCAGAUUUGGUAUCAUAUCAAAAACGAUUUUCGAAAACUUCAUAGAAAUAUGUGGCAUAUAAUUCCUGGAAGACUGUUUCUGUAGGAAGAUGUUUUUUUUUAUUAAAACCAAAAGAAAGUUGGUGAAUCAAAAAGUAUACAUUAAAACUAGAUGAUGUAGAAUAUAAAAGUAAUCAAGUCUAAAAAGUUUGUGUAUACUCAUUCAAUGAAUGCGACAGCAGUUUUUAACUACGUGCGUGAGUAAGUGAAAGAGGAGUCAGUGCUCGGUCCGCCUUCAAUGGGUUGAACAUCAACAGAAUUCAAAUAAAUCUUUGUGAAAUCAAAAGCAAGAAAUUUAUAUUGUACUACUUACAGUGUGACGCAAUAAUUUUGUGAAAAUUCGUAAAAAAAUUCUAAUUUAAUAGCAGCAAUAUUAAGAAAGUCAUCUUUGCACAAUGGAAAUUGUUGAACAAUCCCUUAUGUUAGAAAAUAAUAAUAAAAUUUAAGUCUCGAAUGAAUUAUAUGCUUUAUGGCCAUGGAUUGGAGAGUUUCAAGGUAAUCUGAGAUGAUGUUAAGAUUUCAAUAAACAGCUUAAGAUGAAUAUGGGACUCUUAAAUAAAUCCAGUUCUACCAAGAACAACAAUUAAACAAAAAAUAUUAACCAUACAAAACCUGCUUCUUCCAAAUUCGACAACAUGUUACAUUCAAAUAUGAUUGCCUCAGCAGCAGAAUUUCACUGGAAUAAAUUUUCUGGUCAGGAUCGCUUGAAGAACGUUGAGCCAGUUCCAAUAACAAAUGCUACUUGUGAUCGAUUAAGAGAUAAAAUAAGUAAAAUUGAAAAAAGUCUAAACGUAGCAAGCAAUAUUGAAAUAUGUCAUACCGACAUGAACAUUCCCAGUACCAGCACUUCUAAUGCCAGCAUUAUUAAUAGGAGCGAUGCAAAUUUGCCUUAUGCAAAGAGUUGUAUGUCGCCACAUGAUAGCGAGAGAGCCUCAAGCAUUUUAGCGGUAUGUACUUUGAAGAGUAACAACUGUGUUAGCAAAAAGUUCCAACGAAAUAUCGAAGAGCCAAUGAAGGUGGCUCCGUUGUCAUACGCUAAUAAGUUAGAAGAUAAGAUAUAUGCUAGUAUUAUUACAAAUGUGACGUCAUCUGCUUCAUCAGCAUCGCCGCUUCUUAAUAACACACAUCAGCAGAAAAGUAACCAUCAUAAGGCUAAGUGUCGGGGAAAGUUAUGUCGGAGUCAAAGUAGAGGGUAUUCAGUUAUGGGAAAAACGGUUGAAACACCAACAAAUGGAAAGACAACUAAGCAUUUGAUUGACUUAACAAACACAGAGGUCACUCAAAAAAUAUUUAUACCGCCACCACCGAGUGUGGUUCCGAUUGUAUCAGUGCAAAAUUCCAUGACUUUGUCAACUGUAGAAUUAGAAUUGGAUGCGGCGAUACCAUUGGCGGUGCCGACCUUAACACUAAUGUUUUUACAUGCUCCCAUUUUUCCACAAGCUUGGAAACAAUUUGUGAAAUUACUGCAUAACUCUGUCGAAGGAUUGUCUGCAGCGUCUCAAAUGUCGGCAGACAGAGCUUCUCCAACAACAGCUAGGAAACUAUCGAAAAAGCAUCUAAAUGACACAAGAAUAACGUCGGCAGCAACCUUAAUCACAACAGAAGGCACUGCAGCUUCAACCAAAGCCGUAGCGAGGCGCUGUAAAGCUGCAGCAGCGGCCGUAGCGUCUGUGCACUCAUCAAGCUUCUCACCACGUACGAAACUCCGAUUGCUACCUAGUUUGGGUGCAACGUCAAUUUUUACUCUGCUGACACUUAUUUGCUUAGAAACAGUUUUGCUCUCAACCGUCUCUAGCUGUGCUAAAACGUUCUAUAUGCAUUGGAAUACAUCGAAUAGCAUAUUUCGCAUAGAUAAUACGGACCACAUAAUCGAUGUAAACAAGGGAAAUUUGGCAUUCGAAUUUGAUCAAGUACACAUCAUUUGUCCCGUAUACGAGCCUGGCACCUAUGAAAAUGAAACGGAAAAAUAUAUAAUAUAUAAUGUCUCAAAAGUGGAGUACGAAACAUGUCGGAUAACAAAUGCGGAUCCGCGAGUCAUUGCCAUUUGUGAUAAACCGCAAAAAUUAAUGUUUUUUACAAUAACGUUCCGGCCAUUUACACCACAGCCAGGUGGUUUGGAGUUCCUUCCAGGAAAUGAUUAUUAUUUCAUUUCAACUUCUUCAAAGGAUGACCUGUAUCGACGAAUAGGUGGGCGAUGUUCGACAAAUAAUAUGAAAGUUGUGUUUAAAGUAUGUUGCGCACCCGAAGAGAAAAACAAGACAACAAUUGUAGGAAACGGUGCCAUCGGUUCAUCAUCUGGCGGUAGUGGUAGCACUGGUGGCGGUGGUGGUAGCAGUGGUGGCGCCGGUGUAGGUGAUGGUAACGGUAUGGCAACUGGCAUUGAUAACUCAGCCAACAUUGAUGGUGUCAAUACUCAGUCCAAUAUGAAUCAGAAUAAGCAUUUCAAUAAUAUAAACACGAUCGGCAUAAAUGGUGUGAAUACUGGAUUAAUGCCAAUCGGCGGUGCUAAUAUUGGUAUGAACAGUGGCGUUGCUGUUAACAAUGGUGGUAUGCAAAUUAAGCCUUUGAACGGUGCAAGUAGUACAUCUAUCAAUACAAAUAUUGAUCAGUUCAAUCGUAUUCCAAUUCAAGCUGGUGGAAUUGGUAGUCAUAGUGGGGGCGUUAUGUUAACACCAGGUGUUCACGGAGGAAUACAUAUGAUAUCCAGUGGCGGUGGUAUUGGGCAAUAUCCUGGCCAUCACGGACAGACUGGUAUACGCAUAAAUAAUGUGGCGUCACAGCAACAUCAUGCAACGCAUAAAAAUAACAAUGAUGAUCACUUUGGCAAGCAUCCCAAUGAAGUGGUGAAAAACGAAGAGCUCACCUACAAUAGCGGAGCAACAUCAACGAGGCUGUGGUCACCUUGGAAGGUUAUAUAUUGCGCAGCAAGUUAUUUAAUCUUCAAUAUAUCUGGCUGGAUAUUAGAUUGUUAUAAUACUUCGAUAUCAAUUCAAUUGUGUUUUACCAAAGACAAAAAGCAAUCUACUGAAGUUGCACUGCAUCGCCAAAGUACUCGGAGCCAGAAAUAUGCCGAUGUUGCCGAAUUUCAACGAACGUGGUAUUAUUUUGUAAAAUACAAGUAUUUAAUCUUUGAUUGUAAUGAACAGAUUAUCUAUGCGAUUGUAAUAGCUAUUGCCAUUAGUGCUUGCCUAAAAGUUAGGAUAAACUCCAGGUCGCAUAACAUACAACAGAAUGCUAUGGCUAGCAAGAGCUUUAGAUUGUUUAGUAAUUUAAUGAAAACAAAAAUAUCAAGCGCCAUAGAUAGAAAUUGGAUUGUGCCUCAUUUUUCACCAGAAAAAUUUGGUUCCACUGAGAAUCAAAAGCCGGCAUUAUUAGAACUCAAACAGGCUGUAAAAUCUGCGGCUAUCAUCCCCAUAUCUUUUUCUUUGACAAGAUCUAUACAGCGUUAUGCGGUAGGUCGACGUACAAAACAGAACACAAGAAAUAUGCUUCUGUUCAUAAAGUCGUUUCAUCUGCCACUUACAAAAAGCUGCCCCAGCAAAAUUUCUAGUUUAAGUGAGAAAGUGAAAAGAUUUCGGUGAACCUCUCUUAGUGGAUUUUAUUUUAAAAGCCUAUCGUAAGCUUAACUAGUAACUGGAAAUAAAUAACUUAAACGAUAAACAGGUAAAAUUAAUGUUAAGUUAAUAUAGAAUAGAUCUUAGAAUAUAAACAAUGGAAAUAACCGUUACAAGACUUAAGUUGCGAAUAUGUUAUACUUUUUUUGUAAAAUAUAAAUACAUUUAAUUGAAUCUAAUUAUGCAAUAUAAAUGCAUAUCACGUCAGCUACUAAUACUUAUAUACAGUGCCCUGCAGUAUAAGCCUAGUUGUAAAAAUUUACUUAAAAUCUGGUAUAUAGGGAACUCCUUACCUUCUGGGACUUGAAACCAAUCUAUUACAAAGAAUUACACUUAUGCUUCGAUUUGAUAUAUUUUCGUACCAAGAACCACAUACAAGUUUGCUUGGUCCAUAGAUCUAUGUGUGAUGAAUUAAGCAGGAACUCUAGGUAGGCGUGCUGUUGCGUAAACGUGAUCAGUUGUAUUGCAUUUAAAUGCUUGCUGAGCCACUUCAUUGCAUAAACUUACAUACAUUUGACAAUUGUAAUUUCAAUUAAAAAUUAUUAAAAAAAAUUAAGUUUUUCACUUAUUAAGAACGCUAGUGAUGAUUUGGCAAACACUUUUUCAAUUAUGCCUAUUUGACAGGAGUAGAUUUUUUUCCGAAAACCAGAACGGGGACCAAUUUAUACGAAAAAUCUUAUUUAUGAUUCUAUUCUCUUGACAUUUAAUAGAUUAGUAGUUUUUUAUAUUAAAAUGCAGGAAAUAAAUUUUAAAAAUGUUUUUUUACGUUUCAAUUGGCUUGAAACUCUUUUUUCCCGGGUAGUAAAACCUUAAACAUAUACAUGAUUUUUUUUCUGAGAAAAAAAAAACAACGACUCGGUACAACGAUAUUUUUUCAAACUUUCAUUGGAAUUGAGUACCAUGAAUUUUAUAUUUGACCUCGCAGCUAGUCUUUAUUGCUGCCUCCAGUCCAGUUCUCUUCUUUAGAUCUGCCCAAAAGUGGUCAAUGGAGUUUAGCUCAGGCGAUUUACACAGUAACUCUAUAACUUAAACCUUUUCUUUAUUCAACAACUGCUUUACCAGCUUCGGUUCAUAUUUAUGAUCAAUAUCCCGCAAAAACUCCCAUCGUAUUGGAAUUUCUUGUUUAGCCGCGCACAUUUUAUUCUUUAUCUAAAAAUUAGAUCAACGCCUUCCUUCGAGAAGACACCUCAUAUUAUAAUAACUAAAUUGGGUGUUCGUGAAACUGUCUUACAUGAUGUUUGCCAUCUGAUCCAAAUGUACUUAAUUUUGCCCCUUCAGAACACAAGGAAUUUUUUCAAUUCUGAGGGAAAAGAUGUUUCUGACAAAAAGUCUGUUGUUUUUGUUCUUCACGCUCAGCAAGUUUACAUUUCUCGGAGUUCUGCUAGGAAGGAAUGACGCAUUCAUUAUUUAUUUUUUACUUUGUGAAAUUUAAGCGUAUGGCUAUUUAGCUUAUUGCGUGCUUGUUCUUUUAAUUUUAUUAUUAAUGUAAUCUUCUCCUCCGACAGUCUUAUGUUCGUUUUUUUUUUUUUGUUGAAAAAUUAUAUCCAGUAUAAAUUUAUUAUUUUACGUUUAUGAAGUCCUUUUAAGGCGUCAAAAACAAACUAUUUACCUUUUAAAGUUUUGGUUUUUUUCCCAGUUAAGUAUUCACGUUUACAUUCUUCCCGACAUACAAUGAAAAUAAGUAGUAGAGUGAAUGAUUUUGCAUAAAAAGUUAUCGUUAACUGCCGUUUGGGCGCAAUAUUUAAAUAAAUUUAGUUAUCCAGUGUUGUUAUACUUGAUAAUUUAUAUAUUAACAUAUCAUUCCUUUUAUUUUUUCAACACUGUACAUAUGUAUACCUCUACAAUUGACUCUUCAUCCUUUGUGGUACGGUUCCAGAUGUUUUCCAACAAAUGAAUAUUCUUACAGUUUAUUCAAAGUCGCCUAACGGCUGAUGAUAUUUUUUGAGGAGCUUAAUUUAUGUCAGAACUACUGUCGGAGGGGUUGACAUUCUCUACCAAGGGCGCCCGAAAUUAAAAAAAUUGUUGAGUGAAAGAGAAGCAUUUUAUUUUUGGGUCUCAAUCAUUACCACGAAUCGAAACGUACUUUAAAUGCAUUUAUGGUGUUGUGAAUGAUUCGAGAUUAAAAAAGUGUGAUUUGUUUACAGAAUAUCUAUUUAUAUCUUCUGUUUCAUACCCUUUAGUCUUUAUAUACUAUGUAAUACAUCUUUGUUAGCGGUAGCCGAGUGGUUAGAAUUGCGUACAGCUACUCUGAAGUCAAAGUAAAUUUAUUUAAAUAAAAAAUUAAGUUAAAGUUUUUAAUCGUGGUUGCUCCUCAAAAAAGAAGAAGCCAUCAGCCGUUCAAAGCGCCAAUUAUAUAAACAUAUAUAUAUACAACUUUGUAUAAUUGUGUAUCAGAAAUAAGAUAUUACGGCACUGUAUAUAAGAAUUGAAAUGUAAUUUUUGUGAAAUGUAUAGCUGUACGUUGUGAAAUAUUAAGAAAUGUUGAAUUAUCAAAUAGGUUCCACAAUCAAAGGUUUAAUAACUAGUAAGUCUAGUAAAAGGUAAUCCAUCAUUUUUUCACUAAAUUGAAGGUUUCGUUUACCAUACCGUUUUGCUCGAUUAUUUGUUAUAUUUUUGAAGAUAAUGUCAUAAAGCUUUUUUCAUGGAAACCAUUGGCAAAAAAAAAAAAACUGGAACACUUUAUUUUUACAUAAGAACUUUCCAACCAAGCUUCCUGAGUUUCUGGCGAGAUGUGUUUGGUCUUGCGUAGUCUAAAUGAAAUACAUUUCUUUCACUUUGGCUGAAGCUGGGCGCUCCUGCCCGUUUGCUUUCUUCAAACGGUCCAAUUUCUGCCAGUACUGGUCCGAAAUAAGAGUUUGCACGUAGUAGAGCAGCUCAAAGUGGAUGAUUCGUUACUGAUAACACCAAACACACAACAAAACAUUCCUAACCAUCAACCCUUGCUUGGUAAAGGUAUGCGCCGGUCGAUCACGGCCAUUUUCGCUUGACAUUGCUGUAAGUUAUGCGUUCUUCAUCACCACUCACCCAUUGUUUUACAAUUCAGUAGCGAUCAAUGUGUUUUUUUCUCGUUAGUUUAUAAGGCACCCAUAUAUUGAGUUACCUUGUGUAUCCAGCCUUUUCAAGUUAUUUGUGCAAUGCUCAGCUUGUUAUAAACACCAUAAACACUUUUUUUUGCUAGUGUCCAUCUCUGAUAUGCACUUAAACACUACUUCUCUGGUGAAAACUUCUCCCGUUAUCCUUUUUUGUACAAAAUGUCAUCUUUCUAUCGCCAUCUAUUCGCACUUAUAGAACGCGAGGUAAGGAUCACAAAAACCACCUAUUGCAAAAAAAGAGGAUUACUUUUUAGUAGGCCUAAUAUAAAUAUAUAGGUCCGUAUAAUUAUAAACACAUAUAAACAUAAACUUAUAUUAUUUUGAGUUCUUAUUAAGUGAUAAAAAAAAGCGGAGAGCAAUAAGCUUAACUUAUAUAUAUUGUGCUUCAAAUUUAAAGAAUUAUUAGAAUAUACUAUACUAAUACUAAAUGUGAAUAUGUAUGUAUGUACCGCUGUGAAAUUGAACUUUUACAUACAUUGCGAUUCUCAUAACGUUGCUUUUUAAUCAUAUAAUUAUCUAAUAUUGAAUAAUAUUUACAAUAGGUUCGGUAUUGACUAAUUUGUUGAUUAACCUUGCAUGCAAUACCUUGCAUCAAGCAAUCCGAAAGUCGCCAGAAAACAUUUUACUCGAAAUACAUACAAAUUCUGAUUCUUUUUGUACAAUACAAUGUUUGAAGUCCAAAAUUAAUCUUGAAUAAACUUAUCGGGGCUGUUCUGAAAUCCGAUCUGAAUUGAUUCCGGUAUUAAAGAGUUCGAUCAAAAUGCAAAUCCCCUUCGAAGUGUAAGAAUCGAUUUUUUUUCGUUGCAAUAGGUUUCUUCGGCGAGCUGCUGGUCAGUAACAAUUUUUCCGACUGAAUUAAAAAAAUUAAAAAAAUUUUACAAUGUAGUAAAGGAACCCAUUAAACAAAAAUGUGGUGGGAGUAGAGCGCAAUCGUCGAUUUAUGAGUCAAAUUAUGUCAUUUAAUUUAAAGAAAAAUGAAAAAAACUUCAAAAAACAUAGACCUAGCUAAAACUUCAAAAUCAAAAUACAGGUUCCGUAAAAUUAUAUCUGAUAGGCUAACAGAAGAUAAUUAUGUAGCUCCGAUCGACAUCGGAACGGAUUUCAGAACAUUUCUUCAUACUAUAUUACCUUAAUAUAAGAUUUAAGAAUAUUUCGAUCUGUUUUUGCAAACUACAUUUACCGUUAGCCAACAAAAAAAAAACAAAAAUAGAACAACCACAGCAGUUGAUAAUUUAACCCGUAUUUUGCUGAUCUGCAUAUUUACUGCAAGGAGGGGAAACUUAACUUAAGGCAAUUAUGAAAUUAUUUGUGAACCGUAGAUAUAAUGUAACAUUUCAGAUACAUUUAGUACGUAAGUAGAAUAAACGAAAAAAAAUAGAAUUAAGAAACAAUGUGCAUAAAAACAUUAAUAAUUGUAUAUAUACAUAUGUACAUCUAAAUAUUAUGUACGGCUUUGAAAAAUAUUGGUGUUGUAAAAUUAUAUGUAUGUAUGUUGAAAAAAUUAAAAGGAUAACGGGAUCUUUUUAGUCCUACCUAAAACAAAAGCACAUUGACAACAUUUGGAAUUACUGAAUUAUUUAAUUAUUUUGCAUAUUCGUUUUGUACAUCUUGCGUUUUAACAUACUUAUUAUAAAGUCUCUUCUAUAUGUGGCUGCAAGCAAACGGUCGCAAUCUUAACGUGUAAAAAUAUAGGCCACCUUAAUUAUAUAUAAAUUAAAAUUAUUAAAAUAAAUAAAAUAAAUAUUAUACCCUAGUUUCAUACAUGCAUACGUAUAUGACAACAAUGUA